AUGGAGGAGAUUGAGAAGAGCCUGGGAAUUGGGGGUAGCAAUUCCAAAGAGAAACAGCCGUCUACCCGGACAGAAUCGGAUGGGGGAACGAAUGUAACCGGGAAUUCGGGAAGCCGAGGGGAUGGAAAAGCGGAAGAUUCGAAAUCGCACGGCGAGGAUGAAAAGGAGGAGGUCGAGGAGAAAGAGACGGUCCAGAUGCUCGCUGACGGAGAUGCGGACGGGAUUCCGAUCCUGAUUGGCGUGAAGGAGCCGAAAAAGGAAUCUAAGACUGAUGAUAACCCGGAUCAGUACGAAGGGGAGGAGGGCGAUGCCGCGCAGAAGAAGGCGAAAGGCGGCGGGAAGAAGGGCGGCAAAGGCGAGAACGUCGGUGAAAUGAUGGAGAAGAUUCUGGAGAGACUGGAUGACAUGGAAGGCGAGGGGGGGAAGUUCAACGAAACCCUAGAAAAGCAGGAGGCGGUUUUGGAGACAGUGGCGCGGGUGGGGAAGCACCACGUGCACGAGAAGGAGGAGAAGGAGCGGGAGGAGCGGGAGAAGGCGGAGCAGGAGGAGGCGGAGAGGGAAGCGGAGCUGAAGGCCAAGCAGGAAGCGGAAGCAGCUGCUGCUGCGGCGAAGAACAGCUGGGACGGAGGGGUGACCGGCGGUGGAGAGCGGUCGUUCUUCGAUAUUCUCCUGGGGAUAGACGCUGCUCCGCCACCUCCUCCCCCGCCGCGCCCCACGCCUAAGAACGUCACUAAAGCGUCAGCUAAAAACGAGACCAAGAAAGAGCAGGAGGCGGAGCAGGAGGACGAAAAGGACGUCCCCAGGCUCAUAGACUCCCAGGAUAACGAAUACGUUAUAAGCAGCCCCGGUAAAGGGUCCAAGAUGCAGCUGCAGGAGGAUUUCACCCUCAUUUCGGACAUUGUGAAGGUGAUAGUGGCGGCGGCACUGGGCGGGCUGGCGUGCGGGCUGAUGGGGCAGCCCAUCAUCCUGGGAUACAUCGUUGCUGGCAUGGCCAUUGGGCCGGGCGGACUGGGGCUUAUCCACGAGCUCGUACAGGUGGAAACCCUAGCCCAGUUCGGAGUUGUCUUCUUGCUCUUCGCCCUGGGCGUGGAGUUCAGCCUCGCCAAGAUGCAGGGCGUGCACAACGUCGCGCUGGGUGGCGGAGUGCUGCAGAUCCUCAUCGCCAUGAUUCUCGGCGGCAUCUUCUCCUCCAACACCCCGCAGGGGCUCUUCAUAGGCGGCUUCCUCUCCAUGUCCUCCACAGCCGUGGUGCUCAAGUGCCUGGUGGACAUCAAUGGCUUCAACUCCGAGCACGGCCAGAUCAUGCUGGGCACGCUCAUAGCACAGGACUGCGCCCUGGGCCUGCUCCUCGCAAUCAUGCCAGCACUCGCUGCCCGCCCCGCAUCCGCCUCCGCCAUCCUCCUGGCCCUCGUGCGCGAGCUGCUCAUCCUGCUCGCCUUCUGCCUCGUCGCCUGGGCGCUCUCCCGCCUGCUCGUGCCGCGCUUCCUGCGCCUCCUCGUGCGCGUGAGCAGAGGCAACAACGAGCUCUACCAGCUGGGCAUCAUGGGGAAUUGUCUGUGCGUUGCACUUCUCUCGGAGUAUUUGGGCCUCUCACUGGAAGUCGGGGCGUUUAUUGCCGGUCUCAUGCUCUCAGGUGGCACCUACAGCGAGCGAACACUGCACCAAGUGGAGCCGGUGCGCAACAUGUUUGCGGCGCUCUUCCUGGCGUCCAUAGGCAUGGUGAUGCACCCCAUGUUCCUCUGGCAGCACAAGGACAUUCUGCUGCUCGCGCUUGCCGUCGUGUUCCUUGGCAAGACGCUGCUGGUUGCUCUCGUG